AUGAAGAGGUUAGAGUGUGAAUUCUCCAAAAAAGGGUCUUCAUCUUCCCUUGAAACCAUGAAAGAUUCUGCUGACGAGCAACUAAAGGUUUCUCGUCAACGACUAGAUGGAAAUUCAUCCAAGAAUAGCUCGAACAAAUCCAUCAACCAAACUCAUGACCACCCAAAAGUUCCCCGACUACGGUGGUCAACUGAGCUUCAUCGAUGUUUUGAAAACGCAGUUGAAAGGCUCGGUGGUGCUGAAAGGGCAACUCCGAAAAUGGUAUUGCAGAUGAUGAAUGUAAAGGGAGUAUCUAUAUCCCACAUCAAGAGCCAUCUUCAGGAAGAUAGUGACUGCAAUGGUGAAGAGAAUGGAGAUGCCAUCGCUAAAAUUGCCUACAAGGAUUUCUUUAACACCGGUUUCACUUCUUAUGAUCAUGUAAGUGAUGAUGAUGUGAUUGCUUCUUCUUCUUCAAAUGACAAGGGAAGUAAGACAGAGUCGUCAACUCUGGAAGGUCCUCAUGCUUCUUCUGUCAAAGCUUCAUGUGUUGAUGGCAAGAAUGUGUCCCUUGACCUCACUCUUGGCUAA